AUAAGAAAAACAUUAGUAUUGCACAGCGCGCGACUGUAACGGAGCAGCAUCCUUCACGCCAUUGGCUGUUAAAGUCAAAGUCACGUGACUGUAGCUAUAGCAGGUCGCCGCCCGUCGCCAUCACCUGACCGCCGUCGCCACGCCGGUGCCCCGCCUUCCCGUGUUGUUGUUAUAUCCUCCACAUUGUCUCCGCCAGCCCGCCGGACUAUCGCCCCCCUGUACCGACGCUUUGCGGAGUCAUUCCCCGACCGUCGAAAUGUCCUCGCUGCCGAAGCCCUUCUCUGUCUGCGAGGGGCCCUGCGAGAGCUGCGCUGCCCGAAGACGAGGCCUGAGCUCGGCUCUCCAUCAGCGGCUCCCAUCCCCGCUGCUGGCCGCCUCCGCCACCGGGUUGGUGUCGCUGAAAGAGCACCGGAGGUUGUGCGAGGGCAGGCGGAACCUGGCGGCGGCUGCGAUCGGAGGGAGGAAAAUCACUCAUCCCGGAAAAGCUAUACUUGCAGGUGGCAUAGCAGGAGCAAUAGAGAUCUGCAUCACCUUCCCCACAGAGUAUGUGAAGACCCAGCUGCAGCUGGAUGAGCGAGCCAACCCUCCAAGAUACAGAGGGAUCGGUGACUGUGUGAGGCUGACUGUGCAGGAUCACGGGCUCAGAGGGCUGUACCGAGGUCUCAGCUCCCUGCUUUAUGGGUCAAUACCCAAAUCAGCAGUCAGGUUUGGCACAUUUGAAAUGCUUAGUAAUCCGAUGCGAGACCACACGGGCCGGCUCGACAACAAACGGAGCCUCCUGUGUGGUUUGGGAGCCGGGAUAGCAGAGGCUGUGCUGGUCGUCUGCCCCAUGGAGACGCUGAAGGUGAAGCUCAUUCAUGACCAGUGUUCCCUCAGGCCUCGCUACAGAGGCUUCUUCCACGGAGUCAGUGAAAUCAUCAGGGAGCAGGGUUUGAGAGGAACGUAUCAAGGCUUGACACCAACUGUGCUUAAACAAGGAACUAAUCAGGCCAUCAGAUUCUAUGUUAUGAACGCUUUGCGGAACUGGUACAACGGUGAUGAGCCUAGAAGAGAAAUGCAUCCAAUCGUCACUGCGAUGUUUGGAGCCACAGCAGGAGCAGUCAGCGUUUUUGGAAAUACACCUCUAGACGUCGUCAAGACCAGGAUGCAGGGUUUGGAGGCCUAUCGCUACAAAAACACAUUGGAUUGUGCCUUCCAAAUCUUGAAACACGAAGGACCACAGGCGUUCUACAAAGGCACAGUUCCCAGACUUGGCCGCGUGUGCCUUGACGUGGCCAUAGUCUUUGUCAUUUACGAAGAGGUGGUCAAACUACUCAACGACGUGUGGAAAACGCAGUAAACCGGCAUGAAUGUGAAAAGGGGUCCGGGAGGAAGCAUGGACCAGUGCCUCUUGCUACGCACAACACAACACCUCUGUUCCAGUUCAGUUUAGCCGUCUGGAUUCUCCUGAGCAGAUGACGCGUCAUCUUGACCGGUGUCCACACUGUUAAGCAACAUAUUCGGUUACGUAGGCUCACUCUAAACCCAGCAAUGAAGACUAGAGCGGGUAUUUUUUUUUUUUUUCAUCAAGUGAAUUAGAAGUAGGUACGGAUUAAAUAACAAAAGGCUGAAAAUACGAUAAAAGGAGUAUUACGAACGACAUGAAACGAACACUUUGUUCUGAAACCAAAAAGGUGUCUUGAUUCACUGAGUACUUACCAUAUACUGUGCUGUGAAUGGACUUGAGCAAGCUUCUUGAACCACUGCAACCAGUCUGUGCAGCUCUUGGCUUUGCUUGUGGUGCCGUCAUGCUCGCAGCGUCCAGGUGACGGUUCAUGGCGAACCUUAGUGCCCAGUGCUGACCACAGUUCAUCUUUGCAUGAGCAUUUUUAGACUCCAACAACGAGUCGCGGACCUGCUGAGGCUACACAGACAGGUUUCGAAAGGGAGUGAGUUUGUAACUGAAAAUAUAAGCUCAUGUUGGUACAUCCGUCUUGGUUCAUGAACAUUGUAGAACUUUCUGUUUUUGUAGUCUGUUUUUUAUAUCAUUUUUCUUCUAGUCAGAUCUACCACAUUAAGGUUCUUUUUAUUAACCCUGGUUUGAUCUGUCAGACAGACUUUUGGUAUGCUAACAUAAUAGCUAACUCAGUGUGACUAGGAUCUUGAAAAAGGAAAAGGUUUGUUGCCACCUAGUUGUUAGACGACAAUAACUAGGAACUGAUCUGUUGAAAGACUUUUGACAUAAGUGAGAAGUCUCAAAGCAACAGAUCAAUUUUUGGGUGAUCUUAGUCUUGGACAAAAUCCUUUCUGUCUUUUUAAUCCUGUCUUCAUCCUCCAUCUUGUCCUUCCUCAUCUGUCCUUUCCUCGCUUGUGUCCUUCCUUCACUAUUUCCUUCCUACUUUCUUUUUUGUUCCCACCUUUCUACCCUAAUGUCCUACUUUCUUCCUCCCCUAUUGUCAUUUCUUUCUCCACUUUGAUCCUCUUCCUUUGCUCCUUCUUUCCAGAUUACAUAUUUAAAAUCUCUCCCAUGUAGGAAUAUUUGAAAUUUAUCGUGAAUUUAUGGUAUUUCAUAUUACGGUAUCUGGAAAUGUGGAAUUUGUCCACAAGAAAAAAUAUUCCCCUUUUAAAUAUUGUAUGUUCCAAUAAUUACCAGGUUUCACACUUUACACAGGGAUACAAAGAAGGUUGCUUUAUCACUUGUCAUUUGUUCUUUUUUUUCAGAAGGCAUUUACUGCCCAGUAUUGUUCACAGUUUGCUGUUUUGGUUUUUCAUAAAAUGGCCAAUUUUAAUGCGCACAUUCUCUUUAAUUUCUGUGUAAGCACCAACACUGCUCACUGUAGGGCAGAUUUAAAGCUUUUUUAUUGUAUGGGAGAUACCAAAAUACAACAUGACGCACAUGACAUAAAUGCUGUUGGACAAUUUCAAAUGAUUCAAGUUUGAUGUUCUUGAUGAUAAUAAACUUGUGUAGACCAA